CAAAGAUGGCCGCCCUGUUGUUUUGAUGAAUAAUACUUGGUGGGGCGAGGGGGUAAGAGUAGGGUUGGAGGGGUAGGAGGAUUCACGCUCCCGGCGAGGGCUUCGCCAGUCCCGUCCCUCCCCUCCCCCCACCAGGGUUCUUGCGUGGAGGCGGGGCGAGCCUGGCCUGCUUUUUAGAGGGGCGGGGCUUCCCGGUCCUGCGCUGGGCUCUAGCUGGGCUGCCGUAGGGUCGCGGCGCCUCGGGGGCAUCCAGUGUGCAGCGGAGCCGUUCCCGCCAGGGGCCAGGGGUGGGACCCGAAGCAGGGUCUGCGGGAGAGAAACGCAGCUGCCGCGUCACCGCCACGAAGACACGGCGCGCAGCGGGCACGAGCCGAGCUGGAGACCGUGCCGCCCGCUCUGGGUAACCUGGGAAGCUAGGGGAGUCCGUGGAGCCUGGAGAGGACCCCGUAGCUGCGGUCGUGGCCAGAGGAGGCGGCUCGGGGCGCUUGCAGCUGGAGGAGGUUGGGGCCAUCUGAGCGACCGGAGCCAAGGCGAUUCAGUGCCUCGUGUUCUUAGUUUUUAACCUCUGACUAUGCAAUUCUGAAACCUCCCCCAUUGGGGGGGACCAGACAGCCCGCUAGAUACCUUCCCGUCUCCUUUGCUCCCGCCCUGAUCUCAAGAACUGAGGAUCUCUUCCCUAACGCCUUUCACCAUUAAGAGGAAAGCGAUGGAGGAGCUGAGCGCUGACGAGAUUCGCCGGAGGCGCCUUGCACGACUUGCUGGUGGACAGACCUCCCAGCCGAGCACCCCGCUUACGUCUCCCCAGAGGGAGAACCCUCCGGGACCUCCAAUACCUGCAUCAGCCCCAGGCCCUUCCCAGAGUCUUGGUCUCAAUGUCCACAACAUGACCCCAGCUACCUCCCCCAUAGGUGCAGCAGGAGUUGCCCAUCGGAGCCAGAGCAGCGAAGGAGUCAGCUCUCUGAGCAGCUCACCGUCCAACAGCCUUGAGACGCAGUCUCAGUCCCUCUCCCGUUCCCAGAGCAUGGAUAUCGACGGCGUCUCCUGUGAGAAAAGCAUGUCCCAGGUGGAUGUGGAUUCGGGAAUUGAAAACAUGGAAGUGGACGAGAAUGACCGACGGGAGAAAAGGAGUCUGAGCGAAAAGGAGCCUUCUUCAGGUCCUGAAGUGUCCGAAGAGCAGGCCUUACAGCUGGUCUGUAAGAUCUUCCGCGUCUCCUGGAAGGACCGGGACAGAGAUGUCAUCUUCCUUUCUUCUCUUUCUGCGCAGUUUAAACAGAACCCAAAAGAAGUGUUCUCUGAUUUUAAGGAUCUGAUUGGCCAGAUUUUAAUGGAAGUGCUGAUGAUGUCCACUCAGACACGAGAUGAAAAUCCAUUUGCCAGUCUGACAGCCACAUCUCAGCCUAUUGCCACGGCAGCUCGGUCACCUGACAGAAAUCUCAUGCUGAACACUGGCUCCAAUCCAGGAACAAGCCCCAUGUUCUGCAGCCUAGGCUCCUUCGGCGCCAGCUCGUUGUCUAGCCUCUAUGAAACUAGCCCUGCUCCUGCUGCCAGUUUCUGGAGCUUUGCACCAGGGCUGAGUCCAUCCUUGGCCUCACCUUCCCGUGCAGCCCCCCAGGUUGCUGUGCCUCCUGCAUCCCUGAGUCCUCACAGUGCAGCCCGCCAGGUGGCUGUGCCUCCCGCAUCCCCGAGUCCUCACAGUGCAGCCCGCCAGGUGGCUGUGCCUCCUGCAUCCCCAAGUCCUCACAGUGCAGCCCGCCAGGUCGCUGUGCCUCCCACAUCCCCAAGUCCUCACAGUGCAGCCUGCCAGGUGGCUGUGCCUCCCGCAUCCCUCAGCCCUCACAGUGCAGCCCGCCAGGUGGCUGUGCCUCCCACAUCCCCAAGUCCUCACAGUGCAGCCCGCCAGGUGGCUGUGCCUCCCGCAUCCCCAAGUCCUCACAGGGCAGCCCGCCGGGUAGCUGUGCCUCCCGCAUCCCCAAGUCCUCACAGUGCAGCCCGCCGGGUGGCUGUGCCUCCCACAUCCCUCAGCCCUCACAGUGCAGCUUCUGGAACUGUGGCUGGAAGCCAAGCCUCAUCCCCAAGGUAUCGACCCUACACUCUCAUGCACCCAUGGGGGUCUUCACCUUGCCCCACCCCACGACCCUCCAUUCAGGCUAACUCCCCAGGCUUCCCUGCCCGCCCAAGUAGUCCCCGAGCAGUACCUGUCAGCUCCUCCAGACAGAGACCCCGCAGCAGGGGCCCCGCCUUCCCACCCGGCUCGCCCAGUGCUGCCAGCAGACGUCCCUCCUCCCUGCGGACCUCUCCUAGUUUGGGAGCCUCUGGUGGAGCAAGUAACUGGGAUUCGUACAGUGAUCAUUUCACCAUUGAGACCUGCAAGGAGACAGACAUGCUGAACUACCUCAUCGAGUGUUUUGACCGAGUUGGAAUAGAGGAAAAAAAAGCACCAAAGAUGUGCAGCCAGCCAGCAGUCAGCCAGCUUCUGAGCAACAUCCGCUCGCAGUGCAUCUCCCACACCGCGCUAGUGCUACAAGGUUCCCUCACACAGCCCAGGUCCUUGCAGCAGCCGUCCUUCCUUGUGCCGUACAUGCUGUGCAGGAACCUCCCGUACGGCUUCAUUCAGGAGCUGGUGAGGACCACUCACCAGGAUGAAGAGGUGUUCAAGCAGAUCUUUAUCCCUGUUUUACAAGGCCUGGCUCUGGCUGCCAAGGAGUGCUCUCUCGACAGUGACUACUUCAAAUACCCCCUCAUGGCACUAGGUGAGCUCUGUGAAACCAAGUUUGGGAAGACACACCCUGUGUGCAGUUUGGUCGCCUCUUUGCCCCUGUGGUUGCCGAAGUCUUUAAGCCCUGGUUCUGGGCGGGAGCUGCAGAGACUCUCCUACUUAGGGGCCUUCUUCAGUUUCUCGGUCUUUGCGGAGGACGAUGCAAAGGUGGUUGAGAAAUACUUCUCAGGGCCCACCAUUACCCUGGAGAACACCCGUGUCGUCAGCCAGUCACUACAGCAUUACCUGGAGCUGGGACGGCAAGAGCUUUUCAAGAUUCUGCAUAGUGUGUUGUUAAAUGGCGAAACUCGUGAAGCAGCUCUCAGUUACAUGGCGGCCAUCGUCAAUGCCAAUAUGAAGAAAGCCCAGAUGCAGGCAGAUGAUCGGUUGGUGUCCACAGACGGCUUUAUGCUGAACCUCCUUUGGGUCCUGCAGCAGCUAAGUACAAAGAUCAAGCUGGAAACAGUUGACCCCACUUACAUAUUCCACCCGAAAUGUCGGAUUACUCUCCCGAACGAUGAGACACGGAUAAAUGCAACAAUGGAGGAUGUGAAUGAGUGGCUGGCUGAGCUCUAUGGAGAUCAGCCUCCAUUUUCUGAGCCAAAAUUCCCUACGGAAUGUUUCUUUCUCACCCUGCACGCUCACCACCUCUCUAUUCUGCCUAGUUGUCGUCGCUACAUCCGCAGACUACGAGCUAUCCGAGAGCUCAACAGAACUGUGGAAGAUUUGAAAAGUAACGAAAGCCAGUGGAAAGAUUCUCCACUGGCCCCCAGACACCGAGAAAUGCUGAAGCGCUGUAAAACUCAGCUUAAGAAACUGGUACGGUGCAAGGCCUGUGCUGACGCUGGCUUACUUGACGAGAGCUUCCUGAGAAGAUGUCUGAAUUUUUAUGGCCUUCUCAUUCAGCUGAUGCUGCGCAUCCUGGACCCUGCGUAUCCCGACGUAACACUGCCUUUAAGUUCAGAUGUCCCCAAGGCGUUUGCAGCAUUGCCUGAGUUUUAUAUAGAGGAUGUUGCUGAAUUUUUAUUUUUUAUUGUACAAUACUCUCCCCAGGUGCUGUAUGAGCCCUGUACUCAGGACAUUGUGAUGUUCCUCGUCGUCAUGCUGUGCAACCAGAACUACAUCCGCAACCCAUACCUAGUGGCCAAACUGGUGGAGGUCAUGUUUAUGACCAACCCUUCUGUCCAGCCUCGAACUCAGAAGUUUUUUGAGAUGAUUGAGAACCAUCCUCUCUCUACCAAAUUGCUGGUACCUUCCCUCAUGAAAUUUUAUACAGAUGUCGAGCAUACCGGAGCCACCAGCGAGUUCUAUGACAAGUUCACCAUUCGCUAUCACAUUAGCACUAUUUUUAAGAGCCUUUGGCAAAACAUAGCUCACCAUGGCACCUUCAUGGAGGAGUUCAAUUCUGGAAAGCAGUUCGUUCGCUACAUCAAUAUGCUGAUAAAUGACACGACCUUUCUGCUGGACGAGAGUCUGGAGUCGCUGAAGCGGAUCCAUGAAGUGCAAGAAGAGAUGAAGAACAAAGAGCAGUGGGACCAGUUGCCUCGGGAUCAGCAGCAGGCCCGGCAAUCUCAGCUUUCUCAGGAUGAGCGCGUUUCACGUUCUUAUCUCGCGCUGGCGACUGAAACUGUGGACAUGUUCCAUCUCCUCACUAAGCAAGUUCAGAAGCCGUUCCUCAGACCAGAACUUGGACCCCGAUUAGCAGCCAUGCUGAACUUUAACCUCCAGCAGCUGUGUGGCCCCAAGUGCCGGGACCUGAAAGUUGAAAACCCAGAGAAGUACGGUUUUGAGCCAAAGAAGCUGUUGGACCAACUGACAGAUAUUUACUUGCAGCUGGACUGUGCUCGCUUUGCUAAAGCCAUUGCUGAUGACCAGCGAUCCUACAGCAAGGAGCUGUUUGAAGAAGUCAUUUCAAAGAUGCGGAAGGCAGGAAUCAAAUCCACCAUUGCAAUAGAGAAGUUUAAGCUUCUUGCUGAGAAAGUGGAGGAAAUAGUGGCCAAGAAUGCACGGGCAGAAAUUGACUACAGUGACGCGCCGGAUGAGUUUAGAGACCCUCUGAUGGACACCCUGAUGACCGACCCUGUGAGACUGCCCUCUGGCACCAUAAUGGACCGCUCCAUCAUCCUGCGGCAUCUUCUGAACUCCCCCACUGACCCCUUCAACCGCCAGAUGCUGACUGAGAGCAUGCUGGAACCAGUGCCAGAGCUGAAGGAGCAGAUUCAAGCCUGGAUGAGAGAGAAGCAGAGCAGUGACCACUAAACCGUCCCCGUCGCACUUCUCUGCUGGAAACAGCCACGCCAGCCAGCCAGGCCGAAGCAGCAUCCACCUCAAAGCCGCUGCUCAGCCCUGCAGCCAGAUGUGGCCAGAUCCUGAGAGCCCACCCCGAGUGACCAAACAGUAGAGAUCUGAGAGACAUGAUGAGAAGAGGAGCCUGAUUCCUGUACAUAUAUUUAAGUGACAAACCGUCAAAAGCUUGAGGGACGAGUUUUACGAUUGCCUGUGUAGUAAAGCGCGUCCCUCGCCUGUCACGACCUGGGGCUGUGGCGACGGAAGUCUUUAGUGAUGGCGAGCGAUGGCGAGCGGGUCUGGGCAGCAUCCCCCUGAGCUUUCGUUUUGUUUUGUUUUUUUCGAUGUGACUAGAGAACUCGGACAUUUUGCUGCUAAAGAAUCUCCCCUUUCCUCACCCUCCUUGCGCUGUGGGUUUUUUAAAGAAACAAAACCAGACUCCUUUCCUGGCCUCCAAACACGUAUUCUGUGAGAUACCUGUGCCUGCGACAAAGUGUUAAUCUUGGGAUCGUAUUUUUAUAUCAUAUUCACAUACUUGUUUUUUUAAUUGGUGUUAGAUGACAUGAUUAAUAAAAAAGGCAAGAUAUUUUCAGAAUUUGAAUUUCAGUUUUUUUUCCCUUUUGAAAUAGCCCCUUCACAUUUUUUUUUUUUUUAUUAUAAACAAAAUGAAGAGAGCCCUGUUGCCCUGGCCCUUCUACCAAGCCCUCGAUUAAGAUUCUGAGGAACAGGUGCAGCAUCAGGAUGGCUGAAGUGGAUCAGAACUCGUGUGACUUGUGGGGUUUGGGGAGGUGAGGGUUGUGUUUUGGUUUUUGUUUUUUUAAUCCAAUGUGACAAUUCCAAACCUAUUGCCAUUAUCCUCUGGGAAUCAAUAGAUUCCCCAACCCUGGGUUUAUUUGUAUGCUGUGUCCUUUUGGUGUUUGGCCUUACCAAAGCAAAAACAAAAAAACAAACAAAAAAAAAGAGGGUAGAAGAAAUGUGAAAAUCUGUCUGCUUGUUUCCAUGCCCGACAAGCGCCACCACGCUGGCGCACGCGAGCAGAAACCCUUUGUAUUACCGCUCCCUACGCAACAUACUUGAAUUCUUGAACUUCCUGUGGGGUAAAAAAAGGAUUUGAAACCAUAAAGUGUUCUAAGAAAAUGAAAUCGUCAGAAGCAUAUUUUCUUUUUUUCCCUUCUCCUCUUCUCCACAGACAAUGUGCUCUGUUCAGUUCCCAACACAAACUCCAAUAAAGAGUGAUGCCCAUUCGGAA